UACGGAACACCUUUCGAAACCGAACCUACCAUUAGAAACUACUUAGCGCCGGCAGAGUUCUUUGGAAGGCAUGCGAAAGCGCGCGAUUUGAAUUUGUGGCGAAUUUGUGAAAAUGUCGCUUUUUCGCUCGGGUCGUGUUUUUGUGUGUUCAGUGAUUUUUUUUCGUGGUGUCUAGGGUGUGUUUUUGAUCUUCGGUCGAGUUACAGGGCUUCAAAGUGGACUUUCACUGAAUAAUUAUAUUUUUUGUGGGAAUGAAUACAAGUUUGCUGACGUGAUUAUACAGUAAUCGGUAAAAUCAAAAAAUCACGAAAAUGGUUGAUUUGAAAAACGAUCAAACCCCCUCUACGAAAAAGUCGCGCGGCAUUUCAAUGAACACGGUGAAAAACUGGCUAACCAUGUCGGAGAAGAAAAACCCUCCUCAAGAAGAUCAGCAGCCAUUUCAGAAAAUUCCUGAAAGUUUUUUGCGUUCCAUCAGAAGGAGAUCCUUGCGCCUGAAGAGGAGCAAGUCAUUUUUUCUGAAUGAGAAAAGGAAAUCCGAUUCCUUCGUCAACUCGCAAGAAUGGACUCUGUCCCGCACAGUGCCGGACUUGCGAUUGGGCAUUGUAGGCUCCCUAUCGUCCGGCAAAUCCGCCCUGGUGCACCGUUACCUCACCGGCUCUUACAUGCAGGAAGAGUCGCCUGAAGGUGGUCGCUUCAAAAAAGAAAUCGUUGUUGACAAUCACAGUUAUCUGCUGUUGAUCAGAGAUGAGGGUGGACCUCCGGAGUUACAGUUCACCGCCUGGGUCGAUGCUGUCAUAUUCGUCUUCAGUCUCGAAAACGAAUCUUCGUUCAACGCCAUCUUCAAUUACUACACUAAGAUGUCGCAUUACAGGAAUGCUGCAGAGAUUCCUCUGAUCUUGGUCGGGACACAAGAUGCAAUAAGCGAGAACAACCCCCGCGUCAUUGAUGAUUCUCGAGCUAGGAAAUUGGCCAACGAUCUGAAGAGGUGCACCUACUAUGAAACCUGCGCUACCUACGGCUUGAACGUCGAACGGGUGUUCCAAGAUGCAUGUCAGAAGAUAGUCCAACAACGCCUUUCGACUUCAGCACUGUGUUUAACGCCAACGAAUUCGAGACCAUCAACUCCCAAUAAUCACUACCAUCCAUCUGCCAUGUCGGUGCAGCGCCAUCUUUUGCAGCAGGGAGGAGUCCAAGGCAAUAAUGGCUAUUCCCAACUCGGACAAUCCCAAGCUCAUAUGUCACCUGGGCAUACUCAUACUCUUAGAUUCGGCAAACUUCACGCAUACUUUGAAUUUCAAUAUUUCGGAAACCAAUGGUUUGCAAACAAAGAGUUCAGAACAUUGUCAAUUCAGUGUUUUUAUUGUGUUUUGACAAUAAUGUGCAAUUGUUUUGAGUUCAGUCGAUUCAAUCGAGUAAAUCAGGAGUCGUUGAACACUCAACCGAUCGACCUCCGCCAGAUCCACACCCUGAAAUCCUCUCUCCACCACAUCCACCGCGACAUCGAGAAGGACCCCGUGUACAGGUCUUCCGACGAGAAGUGGCACUCGUCCACGUCGACCAUCGGCAGUCACGGAUCGUCCCAGGGCCUCGUGGUUCAAACUAUCCAAACGGAGAACAAUAACAUCGCCAAAUUCGCAGCUCCGCAAUCGUUGGACAACCUGCAGAGCUCUCAGAACAGCUCGAAGGACCCCAAGGACCUUCCGACGCCAAAUUCGACGCCGACGACGUCCAGGAAAAGUCGCAGGCGGUCCAACCUGUUCACGCCGUCAAAGAAGGGAGACGACAAGUUGAAGAAUGGUGGUGAUUUCGGUAGCGGCAGGGCCAUACCACUAAAGCAAGGCUAUCUUUAUAAAAGGAGCAGCAAGCCUCUCAACAAGGAGUGGAAGAAAAAAUAUGUUACACUGUGCGAUGAUGGUCGACUCACUUACCAUCCGAGUCUUCACGAUUAUAUGGAUGAUGUCCAUGGCAAAGAAAUUUCCUUGCAAUAUGUCACAGUGAAAGUCCCAGGGCAGAAACCUAGAGGUUCCAAGUCAAUCAUAACGGUUGCUGGCGGUCACUGCCACAGUGCUAUCAACGAAGGUCUUGGAGGCCUUUCUUUAAUCAGCAAGGAUAAACGAACUACUGAAAAAGCACUUCUGAGUGCUUACGAUGCGGUCAAAGAUCCUGGUUCUAGGUAUGCGCAACAAGCCAGCGGGGACGAAGGAAUGGUUCUGUCAAGCAGCAAUUCGUUUUUGAACGGAGAGAUUGCUAAAACAGAAACGCCUAACGUGAAAAAACGUCACAGGCGUGUGAAAAGUAGUGGCGUAAAAAAUUCAGAGUAUGACGGUAAGAAUAACUUUCAGUUCCAUAUUACAAGAGCAGCAGUCUUGAUUUUCCCUGACCAUCCACGAAAAACCCUGAGAGCAAAACCCGUUCCUUUACAAGUAGUCGACAUGCACAAUGCAGACGUCAAAUGUGUCGAUCAAGAUGGAAGAACAUGCCUUGCAUACGCCAAGGCUGCAGCCAGCAUAGCAACGGCCAAGUCCCAAUCGACCAACAGUCUCAACCUUGAAAUCUCUGCGGCUACAUGCAAGUCCCUAGUAGAACUUCUCCUCUCGUACGGCUGCCCUGAAGUGUCUUCGGUGUCAAUUAGUGGGACGAUACCACGUAGGAAAGGGAGUCAACCUGCGUCUCAAUAUGAUAAGUUGCCGUCUAGCGUUCUCUAGGGGUAAAGGAUUCUAAUGGCGGAUAUCCAGGGUAGAAACGUCGUAAUAGGCGCGCGGAUGAUUCGAGGGAGGUUAAGUUUGUGUAGGUUUCGAUGUUUUUUGUCAUUAUUGUAUAAUUGUCCAGAUUUGAAUGUCGUUGAAUCUUUGAGCAGAGUUACUUUUUCAAUCGUGUGGACGUUUUGAGUGAGUUGUUUUCACCAUCCUUUUUGAAAUCAGCAAUAAUUGACGUUUGAUGCACUCAGGACAAACAAUAGUAUCAGGUUUUUGCAAAUAUAUUUUUCAAUUUCUCAACGACAUAUUCAUCAACUUUUCACAAGUUAUAAAUUUUCACAAUGUUUUUCAAGCUUUGAAUUAUCAAAAAAAAAUCAAAAUUAUCUAAAACUGUUCAAUAACAGCUCAACUUUUCGUGUGGAACAUGUUUCACAGUACUCAUUGUCCAAGAAAACCUGUCACUAGACUAAUAAUUUUUACAAACAAAAAA